AGUAUUUCUAUUUCCUACUUCCUAGUGGGCAAGAGCACAAUUGCACAUGUAAUCAUGUGGAGAUGAUACCCUUUCUGUCUUCCCACUUCUUCCUCUCCUUCCCCGCCAAUGUGACCAAAGACCACCCUUUUGUCCCUCCAUUGAAAGUUGAAACCCCUCUUUAGUCCUUAAUAAUUAAUUAAUUAAUUAAUUUGCCCACAUACUAUUCUUAAAUGUGCUCUCUUUCUUCACUGUCUCGUUCCAAAUCUAAUCCUCUUUUAUUCAUUUCUGAUUCAUAACAAACAUUAAAUCAUCUGCUUUUCUCUUUUUCCAUUUCAGUAACCCUGUAAGUAAAAAAGAAGAUAACUUUAUAUUUUUGAAAGGAAUCAUUGCCCUGAUUUUGAUUUUGAUUUAUAAUCUUGCCAAAUUAGACUUUUGGGCACAAUUUUCAACACAAAUACUGUACUGGGUUAUUUUCAUUGGGUUUUUAAGUAACAGUUUGAAUCAAAAAGUUAAUAGCUUUGAUAAUAUUUGAUGGUGAUUCAAAUCAUGGGUACAUGUGUCAGUUUAGAUUGCUGAAUUUUGGGUGUUUUUUGGGGCGGAAAAUGCGGCGAAGGGCUACCGAAUUCCGGCGCCGACGACGGAUUUCCAAUUGGAUCUGGAUACUCCUUGGAUUGUUUUUCUUUGCUGGGAUUUUUUUGUUUGUAGUUCAGCAUAAUCAUAAUCAAGAUCAAGUCUCUCAGCCGACAAUGGAAAACGAUGACAUAGUAGAACCUAUUCGCGAACAAGUAAACUUCACGGAUCAGUUAAGUUCAGGUUCCAUUGCAAGGCAAUUAGCCGAUCAAAUGACUCUUGCCAAAGCAUAUGUUAUCAUUGCAAAAGAGCACAACAACCUUCAGCUUGCUUGGGAACUCAGCUCAAAGAUAAGAAGUUGUCAGCUUCUGCUUUCUAAAGCCGCUAUGCGAGGAGAACCUGUUUCACCGGAUGAAGCCGAACCCAUAAUUAAGAGCCUGGCCUCUCUAAUAUUCAAGUCCCAGGAUGCACACUAUGACUUAGCUACUACAAUAAUGACUAUGAAAUCUCACAUUCAAGCACUCGAGGAGCGUGCACAUGCGGCAACUGUUCAGAGCAUUGUUUUCGGACAGCUGGCCGCUGAAGCAUUGCCGAAGAGCCUUCAUUGUUUAAGCAUCAAACUAAUGACUGACUGGUUGAAGCAGCCGUCGUUGCAGACACUAGUAAAGGAGAACAAGAAUUCGCCUCGCCUUGUGGAUAACAACCUGUAUCAUUUCUGCAUAUUUUCCGAUAGUUUGCUCGGUGUUUCUGUGGUUGUCAACUCUACCAUCUCCAAUGCCGACCAUCCGAAACAACUCGUUUUUCACGUAGUUACCAAUAGUGUCACUUACGGUGCUAUGCAGACUUGGUUUCUUAAUAACGACUUGAAAGGCGCAACAAUAGAGGUUCAGAACAUCGAAGAGUUCACUUGGUUGAAUUCCUCAUACUCUCCUGUUCUAAAACAACUGCUUGAUCCGGAUUCAGUUGCCUACUACUUUAGCGGAUCACAAGAUUUCCGAGUUGAGCCCAAGUUUCGGAACCCAAAAUACGUGUCGUUAUUGAAUCACCUUCGGUUUUAUGUACCCGAUAUUUAUCCCCAGCUAGAAAAAAUAGUAUUCCUUGAUGAUGAUGCGGUCGUCCAAAAGGAUCUGACGCCACUUUUCUCGUUGGACUUGCACGGAAAUGUGAAUGGAGCGGUAGAAACUUGCCUUGAAGCGUUUCAUCGAUAUUAUAAAUAUCUCAACUUUUCAAACCCAAUCAUCAGCUCGAAGUUUGAUCCGCAGGCUUGUGGGUGGGCAUUUGGCAUGAAUGUUUUCGAUCUGAUUGCAUGGAGAAAAGCAAAUGUUACAGGACGUUAUCAUUACUGGAUGGAGCAAAAUCUAGACCGCUCAUUAUGGAAGCUAGGUACUCUUCCUCCCGGUCUUCUCAGUUUCUAUGGAUUGACCGAGCCACUUGAUCGCAGAUGGCAUGUACUUGGAUUGGGGUAUGAUCCGAACAUUGAUAACCGUUUGAUAGAAAGUGCAGCUGUAAUUCAUUUUAAUGGAAACAUGAAGCCAUGGCUAAAAUUAGCCAUUAGUCGGUAUAAACCUUUGUGGGAUAGAUAUGUGAAUCAGAGCAAUACAUACCUUCGGGAAUGUGUCGCAAGUUGAAUAGCAGGAAUGUUUUUGCGCAUUUUUAUGUAGUUUACGGUUCAACCAGCUGUAGUCCGAAAGGGGAUUUCGCCUUCACUAGGUUCUCUUAUUGGUAUGGUCUUAGUUCCUCAAUUUACAUAUAUAUAAAUAUUCUGAUACAGGAUGUUGGUUUUACAGAUCUAGGUGGCCAUAGAUUGUAAUAGGGAGAAAAUAUUGAAUUUUCAUUUUUUUUGGCUGGUGGAAUUCAUUUUUGGCCUUUAAUAGUUGUAGAUUCUUAUUUUUUUAUAGCAAUGUGUAAUAAAUUUAUAGCAAUUUUGGAUCUCAAUUGUAACUGUACUUCUGAUAGAUGGACAACCCUCUUGCUUUAGAUAUUACCAAUUUUAUACAAUGGUUUGUUUACUA